CUAUAUAUAUUAUACUACGCAACGAUCACUUGCUUAAGUAUUCUUGUGCUUACCUUUUGGUAUAGGCAGAGAAGUCACGUAGUAUUGAUUUCGAGGGCAGGGCGCCUACUCUGUUACACCCUGCUACACUGUCUUUGGUCUCCCUUAACGCUCAGAGCCUGUAACAACAGCACUAGUAGAUAUAACGCCUAUUAUAAAGCUAGAUUAAUUAAAGUUGUAGGUGUCUUUAUCUAGGAUACUAUACUUAGCUUUAGUAUUCUCUAUAAGCUAGAACUAGUCACUAAUCACCUUAGGAUCCUUACACAGCGCUCUCUUAUAGUUAUACUUGCAAUUAAACUUAACUUUAAGCUC